CGCCGCCACCAUGGCUGUCAAGUUCGAGCGGAGGGAGUAUCCACCUCACAUCACUCCCAAGAUGUUCUUGCUGGAGUGGAGCCGCAAGGAGAAGCUGGAGCAGCCGCAGUACGAGAUGGUGCAGCGCUCUCAGGAUCGAGCCUUUCAAUCGACCGUGACUCUAGCAGAGAAGAGAUACAGAUCUACACUGUGGGAGAAGUCGAAGAAAUUUGCCGAACAAGCGGCGGCCGUUGUCUGUCUGCGCGUCCUGGGAGCGCCCGAGGGUCGCAUCGGCGAGGAGGACUCGGGCCUGGUCUGCAAGAGGAAGCGCGAGGGGAAGACGAACGGCGCCGCGGAGGAAGAGGCGAGCAAGAAACUGAGACACGCGGAGGUCGAUCUCCGACAGGAAACGCCUCCAGGGCAGCCGUAGCGUUCAGGACCUCGUCGGGAUCUCGUUUUAGUUUGGACGAUAAAAGCUGCUCGGACAGUGACGCAGGGAGGCGUGGAACGGGACAACGCAUCACGAGACGUUUAAAAAGCAGCCGGUUACCUCUCGAUAGGUUCACCUUAACCCUCGAAUGGUCUCUAAGAGAACAGCAGCUGCUGCUACACACACACACACACACACACACACACACACACACACACACACACACACACACACACA